UCUCGAACCAAGCACCAAAAUAAACUAAUCUCUCUCUCUCUCUUUCCCCUUCUCUCCGGCCGCCGCCAUAGCUAUCGUCACCAUUCACACGCAAACACUCUGCACAAAAACACGACACAUCUCUCAUACGCACACCAAAAAAAAGAGGGAGAAGGGGACGGAGGGAGAGAGAGAGAAAUGGGCGUGGAUUACUAUAACAUACUCAAGGUGAACAGAAACGCGAGCGACGACGAUCUGAAAAAAGCGUAUAAGAGGCUUGCAAUGAUAUGGCACCCCGAUAAAAACCCCUCCGGAAAGCGCCCGGAAGCGGAGGCUAAGUUUAAGCAGAUCUCAGAAGCUUACGACGUCCUCAGCGACCCCCAGAAGCGCCAGAUCUACGAUCUCUACGGUGAGGAAGCUUUGAAAUCCGGCCAGUUUCCGCCCCCCGCCGCCCCAUCCCCUUCUCGUGGUCCCCAUUUCUACAAUCACCCUCACCAUAGGCAGCCUCAUCCCAAUCCCUCGUCAUUCCGAUUUAACCCCAGGGACGCCGAGGAUAUCUACGCCGAGAUGUUCGGAUCCGAGACAUCUGCGAGUAGUAGUAAUGGUGGCGCUGCGGGUGCAGCUGGGAGAGGGAAUAGGACUUUUAGGAACGGGUAUUUUAGGAGUAAUAGCAAUUAUACUUUUAAUGCUAAUAGUCACAAUUAUAACAAUAAUGGUGGG